UACUCUUUCUUCUGGCAUCCACAUCAAUGGGUUCAAUAAGAACAGAAAGUAGAUCAACAAACACAACUUUUCCUCUGCCUUUUUUCUGCCCAAAAAGUUGUGGGAGUAUAAGCUUAGAGUAUCCUUUCGGCAUCGGCGAUGGUUGUUUUCGGCCGGGCUUUAAUCUUACCUGCAGAAACCAUUCCACCAGCGCUCCCAGGCUUUUCCUGGGUGAUGGCACCAUCGAGGUGACGAGAAUUGAUAUGAACCAGGGGUUGGCAUAUAUCAAACCACCAACUGUCGUCAUGGGUGUCGACGAUGAGUUUAAACGCGCCUCACUGAUUGAUCUGGAGAAUUGGCCUUACUCUUUGUACUUGGAGGAACAGAUGAUACGUAAUGCUUAUCAAGGAUUGACAUCUAACAGAGUUUACGUUGUGGGUUGUAGCGCUAUGGCCAGUCUAGUGGAUCUUACCACCAAUAAAUCCAUCAGCACUCGUUUUAGUUUCUGCGCUGCCAGUGAUCCGAAUCAAUAUUCAGAGUGGUCCGACAGUAAUGAAGAAUAUUUCACAUUAAAUCUAUAUUCUGUGAGUACAACUGCCAUGGAGGUUCAGCUAACUCGAUUCAGUCAAACUGAGUUACACUCGGUGAAUACCUCUAGCAUCAAGGCCACCAUAUUCAAUGGUGAUAAUGAUUCCGAUCUCGAAGGAGUAUUAAACGGAAGUAGAACGAAUGUAGAGGCCACCCUGGUAUGGUACAUGAAUGAUCAUCUUUCAUGUGAAGAGGCCAUGAAUACGGAUACAUACGCUUGCCUCAGUCAAAAUAGUUUCUGCCAUGGUGCCUUUCUUGAUCCGUUCCACUCCAUUAAUAGCGUUGGAUAUUUGUGUCGAUGUUCCUUGGGUUAUCAAGGCAAUCCCUAUGUACUUAACGGCUGUCAAGAAAAUUCUUUUACAUCUGUUGCUGCUACUGCUGCUGCAAACGGCUGUGUUACCAAAUGCGGGAGUAUCGACGUCUUGUUUCCAUUUGGGCUGGAGGAGGGCUGUUAUAGGGACGACUCAUUUGCUCUGACAUGCAAUGCCACAUCCAAUCCUCCCACUCUCCUUUACCAAGAUGAAUACACAGUCACUAAUAUAUCUCUGGAGGAAGGCCAAUUGGAAGUCGAGUCAAAAGACGGCACCUUCGCAACGGGAAAUAGCAAUAAACCUUUCAUCGUUCUUAAACAGCAGACCAUCGUUAGUUGGAUGAUCGAGUUCCAGCAUUGCGAGGUUGCUAAGAAGAACAUGAGCACCUUCGCAUGUGUCGACGCUCACAGCUCAUGUUUCGACACAACAAUUACUAAUGACGGUGGCAAGUUUGUGGGAUACCGUUGCAAAUGCUGGCAAGGUUACCAAGGAAAUCCUUACGUGGCUAAUGGAUGCACAGAUAUCAAUGAGUGCAACUCAACCGAGAAACGUCUUUGCUAUGGGAUUUGUACUAACACGGAAGGCGGAUAUACUUGCACUUGUGCAGCGGGCACAUCUGGUGAUCCUAAACUUGCACCCUGCAUUCCUAACAACAAAAACCAGACUCUUCUGUUAGGUGUCAUCAUUGGUGCAAGCACCGGCAUAGGCCUAUUACUCUUAUGUUCGAGUCUCCUCAUCCUGAGAAGGAAAUGGAAAAAAAGAAAACAAAAGAAAACUAGAGAAAAAUACUUCCAUCAAAACCAUGGUUUACUGUUACAACAGUUAAUCUCAACUAGUGAAGAUUUUAGUGAGAGAACAAAGAUAUUUUCUCUGGAAGAGAUGGAGAAGGCAACUAAUAAUUUUGAUGAGACUCGAGUGCUCGGCCGCGGCGGACAUGGAACGUUGGACGCACUUCUAAAAUCCACUGAAUUCAUAUUCAAACGCCGAAGUGAAGCGAGCCGAGAGAUCCAUUCAGGGUUUUCGAUGAACAAGUUUCGAGAGAAAUCAUCUCCGUCGUAA